GCGCUGAAGUUUGGACGUUCUGACGUGUCGUAUAACAACAAACAUGGCGUCCUCCUCUGAUGUACAUGUCCGAAUAUGUGGCCAAGAGAUUAUCAAAUAUGAUCUGGAAAUCAAAGCUCUUAUCCAGGACAUAAGAGAGUGCUGUGGACCACAGGCAGUGCUUAUGGAUUUGAACUCUACAGUGAAGGAAAAGUUCAAUCAGUUAAGACAAAGGAUUCAGGACAUGGAACAGAUGGCAAAAGAACAAGACCGAGAGACUGAUAAGCAAGCUAUCCUGAGUGAAAUGGAAGGCCAUCGGAAGCAGAUGUUGAGUAACCAGAUGGCGUGGAGGAAAGCAAAUCUGGCCUGCAAGCAGGCCAUUGACAACCUGGAGAAGGACGAACUGCUUCAAGGUGGUGAUUUAGUUAGGCAAAGGAAGGCGACUAAAGAGAGUUUGGUGCAGACCUCCAGUGACAUCACAGAGAGUCUGAUGAGCAUCAGCCGUAUGAUGGCACAGCAGGUGCAGCAGAGCGAGGAGACCAUCGGAUCUCUGGCUUCAUCCUCAAGGACUGUGCAAGAGACAAAUGAAGAGUUUAAGGCCAUGACGGGAACCAUUCACUUGGGGCGAAAACUUAUCCUGAAAUAUAAUCGCCGUGAACUGACCGACAAACUGCUGAUCUUUUUAGCUCUCGCUCUGUUUCUGGCUACAGUGCUCUACAUCCUGAAAAAGAGACUCUUCCCCUUCAUUUAGUGGAAAAAAGAACUGUGUCAGCUUAACACUGCUUUCCAGAAAUCAUUCUGUGAAUGUUAUGACCCAAAUGAGACACGCAGUUCUUAAACCAGUAGUUCUUUCAAAAUGAGAAUUUUGUCAUCAUUUACUCUCCAUAAAGUGAGAGCAAAUGAUGACAAGCUUCAGAAUUCUCUGGGGACACAAUAAGGAAGAAUACUGAAGUGCUAUUACAAAAUCUUAAUUAUCAGGAUCACUAAACAGCUAUUCAGGAAGGAAUGAAAUGCACUUUGCUGUCUUAUACAUUUUGCUACAUUAAUCUUACUGAUUGCAUUUGCAUAUUCUGUCGUGUAUUUUAUAAUCAGUGUAGUUGUUUGUACAAUAAUAAAAUGUUUUUCGUUCUCAGGUUAGUACAGUAAUAUUCCAAUAACCUGAUGGACAAUGUCUGCUUAAAAUUUAAAACAACCUUAAAGAUGUUUGUGCCUUAUGAACUACUGUAAUAAUAAAUAAUAGUGGCUCAGUAUGCUUCAUAUACACUACAGAUCAAAAGA